UUGAUCGUUCAGGCAGCAGCAGCUGACUACAACUGACGUUUUCGUUCAGUAGACGUCAUAAAAUUCUAGUGUUAACGUCGGAGGUUCCAAUUUUUUAAUAAGUAAUCAUAUUUUGUGAAUAUGUCAAGUGGUGUGAUAGUUGCAGGCCUAGGGCUUGCAGCGGUGGGAUUCGCUGGCCGGUACGUAAUGAAACAGUUACCCAACGUGGCGAAAACUUUUAACGAAGCUGCAAGCAAAAUUCCUAAAUUCGAUUCCGAAACUUUGGCAAACGCAAAAUACUACAAGGGGGGUUUUGAACCACAAAUGAACCGGAGGGAAGCCGCCCUCAUUUUAGGUAUUACUCCUAGCGCGAAUAAGACGAAAAUUAGGGAUGCUUUCAAAAAAGUAAUGGCAGUCAAUCAUCCUGAUCGUGGUGGUUCACCAUACAUUGCUUCUAAAAUCAAUGAAGCCAAAGAUUAUCUUGAAAAGCAUAGUAGUUCAUUUUAAAAGAAAAUAGAAUGUAGUUUUGGACAAAAAAAUUGUAAUAAUGUAAAAACUGUAAAUAAUUACCUCUUAAAUAUAAACUUGCAAA